AUGAGGGCGUUGGGCCUCGUUGCCCUCCUUGCCCUGGGAUCCCUUCUGCAGUCGCACGCUGCCCUGCGGCCCCUUGACUGCCAGCUCAACGACUUCUUCUCCAGGCCUGACAUAAGCACCGGCCUGAGUGGCAAGGACCCAGCCCCCCCUUCCGUGGUGGCCACUGAUGUCGCUGCCAGCAUCAACAGCUUUGGCUUCAACUUCUUCAGGAAUGUGCUUCCCACCAGUCCCAAUGGCAACAUCGUCUUCUCGCCCCUCAGCAUCGCUGCGGCAUUCUCCCUGCUGCACAUAGGCGCCGAGAAGGACACUACGACUCAGCAGGAGAUUGGGGUCACCCUGCAGUUUGUGAGUGAGUGCUACCCAUUCCUCCUGCAAGACAUCCUGGAUGCGUACAAGAAUGAGGACGUGGCUGAGCAACUGAGUCUAGCCACCAGGCUGUACGUGCAGGAGCGCCUGGAGCUGAAGCCAGACUUUGUGGAAGAGGUUGGGGAGGGCAAUGUGGAGGGGACGAACUUCGAAGACACCGACCAGGCGAUGGAGCAGAUUAACAAUUGGGUCAGCGAGCAGACUAAUGGCUUCAUUGACGACCUUAUCGCCCCUGGACAGCUUGAUCCUUCCACAGUGAUGGCACUAGUCAACGCUCUGUACUUCAAGGGGACAUGGGAUCUGAAAUUCGAUGUUGAAAAGACAACAAAUAUGACUUUCAAUGGAAGUAAUGGGGAGGCACAGGUCGAGUUCAUGAAGCAGACGCAGGAGUUCAAGUAUGACAUGGAAAACAACGUACUUGAGCUCCCAUACAAGAACAGCCGGUUCAGCAUGAUCAUCGUGCUGAACAACCCAGACCUCGAUUCCUCCUUCCAAGUCGACCUUGCUGCCGAUGCCCUCAGAGUGUUGGAUCAGCCCGAGUUCGUAAAGGUCAGUACUGAGGUCACCAUCCCCCGCUUCAGCUUCGAGGAGUCCUACGACUUGAAGCAAAUUUUGCCCGAGCUGGGCACAGAACGAGUGUUCACAGGCGACGCAGAGUUGGGCGUCAUAUCCGACGCUCCUCUGUUUGUUGACACCGCAGUGCACAAGGCCAGGAUCCAGGUGAAUGAGGAGGGAACAACCGCAGCUGCAGCGACGAACAUUGGGGUGGUCGCGCUCAUACUGGACGAGGUGUUUACUGCAGAUCGGCCUUUCACGUUUUUCAUCCGGGACAAUGAGAACAAGCUCUUCUUAUUUAUGGGUGCCUACUCCAAUGUGGAGACAUAG